AUGUCUGGCUUCACAUUUGGCAACGUUGCCUCGAACCCAUCAUCAACCACAACAGGAGGCACAACAGGAGGAGGAGGAUUUACUUUCAAUUUUGGUACUCCAUCCUCUCAAGCUCCAGCUACAUCCGUAACAGCAACGACACAGCCUUCCACUUCAACUGGUAGUACUUCUACCACUGGAGGCUUUACCUUUCCGACCACCUCGACAGCAACGACAUCAGGAACCACAGCACCAUCAACAACAACAACAACCACCCAACCAACAACAACAACAGCUGGAACAACUGGAGGAUUUACCAUUCCAUCAAGUACUACAACAACAACAACGACAGGAACAAAUCCUACAGCAAGUACCACUGGUGCAACAACCGGAGGCUUUAAUUUUGGUGCACCAGGCUCUACACCCGGAUUAACAACAACUACCACAGCGCAACCAGGAAAUGUUGAUGUUGUAAAUAUAACCCCAAAAACAACCUUUCAAAAACUUCCAGAUCAAUAUAAAAAAGCAUGGCAGCAAUUUGAAAAAGAAAAGACUACUAAUAGAGAGAAAGCUGUUGAAAUUGUGAAACAACAAGAGAAUGCAAACGAUACUCAAAAGAUUAAAAAACAUAUAGUGAAGAUUGAAAAGAAGAUAAAUGCAUCAAAAGUCAAUAUUGGACGUUCUAAAGAUACUGUAGAAACUUUAAAACACGAUGUAUUGGUAGAAUCAAAGAAUGCUGAACAAGCUCAAAACAAUUUUAACAAGCUUAGGGCAACUUAUACUAAUAUUGAUCCAAAUUAUUCUUCAACAUACUUUAUUAAUACAGCCCAAAAAUUAGAACAGCGGAUGCAAGAGAUUUGGAAAGAAAUAGAAGAUAUCAGUCAAACACUUUCUCAUGGGGAUGCAUAUCAAAUGCCUUUUGGACAACUCUUACAAGGAACAAUAGUGUCACAACAACAAGCAUUCUUUAAUGCUGCUGCCAGACUUUCUGUCCUACAUGAAAAGGUAAACGAACUAAAAGAGCUAUAUAUUAGGACAUACCAAAUUAAGGGAGACCCCUUUAAAGAACCCUCUAAAACUACUAAGCCAUCCUUUAAUUAUUCAAAAUCAUUGAAUGCCUCUCUUCCAGGAUUGAACAUCCAACCAAUAAUUUCAAACCCAACCUCAGGUGUCACAACCACUGCUCCGACUACAACGACAGGAUUUUCUUUUGGAAAUCCAACAACAGGUGGCACUACUGGAGGUGUUACUACUGGAGGAGGAUUUAACUUUGGUGGAACCACUACAACCACAACCACCACUGCUCCAACGACGACCGGUUUUAAUUUCGGAGGUACUAGCACCACUACUAGUGGUACUGGAGGAUUCAACCUAAAUAUCAACAGGCGAAGAUGA